AUGAGAGAGGUUACUAAGGAAAUUGAACCAGAAGUAACAUAUUAUGCUACACAUCAUGGAAUUUAUCGUCCAGAAAAGUCCACGACAAAACUUCGUGUUGUAUUUAAUUGUUCUUCAGUAACUGAUAAGGGAAUAUCUCUUAAUGAUAUUCAGAAUAAUGGAGGAGUGAUUCAGGAGGACUUAUAUACUCAAAUGCUAAGGCUCCGCACAUAUGCAUAUGCCUUUACUGCUGAUAUCAAAAUGAUGUAUCGAACUAUUUUAAUCAAUCCAAAUCAGUGUAAUCUUCAGAGAAUCGUUUGGUGUGAAAAUGAAGAUGAACCGCCAAAAAUAUACGAACUAUCUACCGUUACAUACGGCACUGUAAGCGCACCUUACUUAGCGCAAAGAACGCUUAAACAGCUCUCAGUUGACGAACAAACCAAUUUCCCCAUGGCUGCUCCCGUCUUACAAAAUAAUUUUUGUAUGGAUGACUGUUUGUGCGAAAGGGAUUUUGCAAAGUGUUGA